GUUUCCAUCUCUACCAGAUGCUUUUGGCUCCUCCCAGACUGCUUAGUAAAACAUUCCAGCCCACCUCUGGGACUCUGCUGGCUCCUUAACACGCCGCCACUCAACUCCAGUCAAGGUUUUACAGGAGGUAGAGAGACUGAGCUGACAAAAAAAUGAGAGGACUUGUUGUCUUGGUAACUUUGGCCUGCUUUGCCACCGCUCAGCACCAAGCACUGAUUGACUAUUUGGAGCGGAGGCUGCUUGCUAUUGAGGACCGGAUCUCUCUAUGGCACGAACAGACAGCCCGUUAUGCCACAGAGCUGCGGGAGCUGAAGCAACAAAUGGUUUCUCAGCUGGAGAACCUGGACAAAGAGAAAGAGGUGCUGAGAGUGAGUCUGGACGGCGUGGGCACCAGGGUGGACCGGGUGGAGCGGGAGCUGGACUACCUGGAGACUCAGAAUGGGAACCAGCCGUGUGUGGAUGUAGACGACAAGCUGAUAGAGCAGCAGGUGAAUCUGGUGACGGAGAAGCAGAAGGCAAAAUAUUCCAAACUGUCAGACUGCAGUGACAUGAUCUCGAGCAUAAAAGCCAUGAAGAUCUUGAAACGAGUCGGAGGGCCAAAGGGCGCGUGGAGCAAAGACAGCAACUCAGGUUCUGGGAAGAUCUACAUCUUCAACGGGACAGAUGGGGACACAAUCCACGAGUUUUCCUCUGUGCAGGACUUCACCCGCUCUCCGGGGAUGUUUCAGUCCAAAGCCCUGAAGCUACCAUCGGCGUGGAGAGGAACAGGACAUGUCAUCUACAAAAAUCACGCCUACUAUGUAACUCAGGAUGAUGAGAUCAUGGUGGUUAAAUAUGACUUGAGGAGCAACUCUGUGACAGACAGGGCUGUGUUUCCUGUCCAGGACCACGUCCCAGUGUACGACCUGACUCCUGAGACAGUGCUGGACCUGGCUGUGGAUGAAGAAGGCCUGUGGGCCAUUUACGCCACACGCCAGAACGAGAGGCACAUCUCUGUGGCAAAAAUGGACACCAACUUGGUGGGCAUCGAGCAGAUGUGGGACACUAACUGCCCGCAAGAGAACGCGGAGGCCGCCUUUGUCAUCUGCGGCACUCUCUAUGUCGUGUACAACACCCAGCAACCUGGUCGCUCUCGUUUGCAGUGUGUGUUUGAUGUUAAUGACAUGGUGACCAAUGAGGACGCACCACAGAUUUACUUCCCAAAACGUUAUGGGGCUCACUCCAGUCUGAAGUACAACCCACAGGAGCAGCUGCUGUAUGCCUGGGAUGAUGGAUACCAGAUCCUGUACAAGCUCGUCAUGAAGAAGAAACUAGAAAUAUGAGCUCAUGUGUACAAACAAUCCUCAAAAAACUCUCCAUAACAAAUCUAUAAAUGCGUACACGACCAUGCCAGAGGUUUGGCAAGUUUUAGCUUCUUACAAGUUAUGUAUACUUCAUUUAACUGGCCACUUUAUAACAUGUGGUGUAGAAAUUCAGACGCUUAUCUCUUACUUUUCAUGCAGCCAUUAGUUUCCAUCUUAUAUUAUUUAAAACAAUAAACAGAUCUACAUCUUUAAUAACGAUGCCACACGAUCACUUCAUAACAAUUACCUAACUUUAAAUUAACUCCGAUUCUUAGUUAGUGUUAGUGAGCAAGCAUGUCUACGGUGAACUACAGUGGCCUUUGUGGACCAAAAAAGAAGGUCACACUUAAUUUGCAUAGUAAGCUGUCUGGCAACACAAGACACUGUCUGGCUGGUUUGUCUAGAAACAUGGUGCACAAGAUGGCCGUCUCUGUAAAGGCAAGGCCCUCACCUAAAUUCAGGGCCAACCCAAGUCUUUAUGGGGCCCUAAGCUAAAUUGGAUUUGGGGGGGCCCCUCCUACCACCUCAGAGUAGCCGGUGCUUGGCUAUUACUGCUACUAAUGUAACACUUUGAAUUGCAUUAAUUAUAGUUGAGAUAUUGACACCAAACCAGUGCCUCUCUUUUUUUAACCUUAUACACAAACUACAGGGGGCUCACUUAGUUUAUUAUGCCUUGAACCAGCUCUGCAUAAAUAACAUAUGAAAGUUAACAAACAAUUAAUAAUUGUUCAGAUGUAUCUGUUUAAUUUCACACACUGUAAUGGUUCGAAUUUAAAGGGCAGACUUUCGGUGGAACACAGGAGCAGAGACAAAAUAAUGAAUGUAGUUACAGAAAACAGUAAAACAGGCCAGUGAGGAUUUUUGUUGAUUGUGGGAUUUUUCUAUCAUUGUCUCAUGUUUGCCAUGAUCUUAACCCUCAUGCAACCUUUAGAGGAUAACACCCUUCACCUUAGGUACGAAAAGUGUCGACAUUGAAACCCAUUAUAAACUCAUUUUAUCCCUCGUCAUUGCAGCAUGAAGAAUACUUUCCAUGUUUUUAUGCUUCUAUCCUGAGAUCAUGGCCUCAACUGUUCAUCAUCAAUUUGGCCCAUCAAUUUCCAUAAUUUCCCUGGUAAUCCAGCAGAUGGUGGUGCUAAAUUAUAAAUGGCCAGUAACUGUUUAUUUUACACAGGGUAUUAUUGACAUAUUACAGGAACAGAAGUAAACAUUGGAAACCAUCACAUACAAAUCAAUGCAAAUGUCAUGCCAUUAUCACAGACAAAAUUAUCAAAAAAAAAAAGGUUGCAUGAGGGUUACAUUUCUAAGUACACUGCACUGCCAAUCCAUCUUAACCAUCAGUUUUGUCUACCGGUGGGUCAACUUGAAAGGGUUUACUGUACAUGAUCUCUUGUGCUACUGUCUGUUUUUUAAGUGUUUUUGUUCUUUCUCAUUCAUAUACCAAAAGCUUCACAGUAUAUUUUAUACAUCUAGCUAUUUACCAUAACCUCACAAAAUCUGUCCGUCAUAUACUUAUAUAUACUAUGCCUGUCAUUUUGCAGUAAAAGCACAAUGAGUCAACUGUAAUCUGGGAAGUCGAGCUGUAUUUGUGCUCUGAUUUAUAAUUCCAUGUAAAUCAGUUCAGAUGAGCAUAUUUUCCCUCACUGGUCAUGUGCGCAGAACCUAAGUAACAACAUCAAGUCGAAAUCAAGUUUUCACUCUUGCUAAACAACUCAAUUUAUACAGAAUAUCUUAUAUAAUACUA